GAAUGAGGCAGUGAACGGUGAGGCGGACGGAGACACAGCAUCUGAAAUCGACUUGGAAAAACUCAGAACAGCAGGCCACGCUUGCGAGUGUAUGAGGGAGAGGGUCUGACGCUGAGCCCGCAGCAGUAGGACGUGGCCACCAGGGGGUGCCAAAAUGAACCGUGAGCCACUGGACUCCGAUGGAGGCUCUGGGCAGGAUGAGUCUGACUUCAACUGGGAUGAAUACCUGGAGGAGAAUGGGGUGCUGGCUGUACCCCACCACGCCUUCAAACAUGUGGACCUGAGCCUGCAGACUGGCCUCACCCCGGGGAUGAAGCUGGAGGUGUUUGUGCGGGGAGAGCCAGAUGGCGGGUACUGGCUUGCCUCGAUUAUCACCACCUGCGGCCAGCUGCUGCUCCUGCGCUAUGAGGGCUACCACGACGAUCGCCGCGCCGACUUCUGGUGCGACAUCAUGACCGCGGAUCUGCACCCCGUCGGCUGGAGCCGGCAGCAAGGCCGACUAAUGAGACCACCCGAAGGUGUCCGGGAGAAGCAUGAGAACUGGGAAGCCCUCCUGGAGAAAGCCCUGUCAGAGUCCUGCAGUGCACCUGCCCACCUGCUGGAGGGGCCCCACCGAGGGAAGAACCCGCUGGACCUGCUGGCCCCAGGUUCGACCGUUGAGCUGCAGGACAGUGAGGACCCGGGGGUGGCCUGGGUGGCUGCGAUCGAGGAGAACGUGGGCGGGCGUCUGUGUCUGUGCUACGCUGGCACCAAGGGGCUCCCCCAAACGCAUGCCAGGCGUUGGGUCUUCUACCUGCACCCCCUCUUGCACCCUCCUGGCUGGGCACGAGAGCAUGGCUGCACGCUUGCUCCCCCUGCUGUGCUGCGGAGCCUGCGCGGCGAGGCAGAGUGGGACGAGAUUCGGCAGAGAAUCGGCGCCCCGCCUCAAGAUGGAGCCAUCACCGAGGAGCUCUUCAAGGACAAACCAGCCAUCUCUGCCCACUGCUUCACUGUGGGGAUGAAGCUGGAGGCUGUGGACCCUGCCUCCCCCUUCUCCAUCAGUCCUGCCACAGUCACCAAGGUCUUCAGCGACCAGUACUUUCUGGUGGAAAUGGAUGACUUGCGGGGGGGUAAGGGGGGGGCAGGAGGAGGCCCCUCCUUCCUGUGUCACCGUGACAGCGCAGGGAUCCUGCCUGUUCAGUGGAGCCUCAAAAACGGAGUGCAGCUCAGCCCCCCUCCAGGAUACGAGGGCCAGGACUUUGACUGGGCAGAUUAUCUGAAACAGUGUGGAGCAGAGGCGGCGCCCCAGCACUGUUUCCCUACGGAGCAGUGUGAUCAUGAUUUCCUGGAGUCCAUGAAGCUGGAGGCUGUGAACUCCCUUUCCCCUGAGCACAUCCAUGUGGCAACAGUCACAAAGGUCAGAGGACAGCACAUCUGGCUCCGUCUGGAAGGAGUGAAGCAGUCCAUCCCGGAGGUGAUAGUCCAUGUUGACUCAAUGGAUAUCUUCCCAGUUAGCUGGUGUGAGACCAACGGCUACACCCUCCAGCAUCCCUCCAAGCCCAGAGUUCAGAAGCAGAGGCGUGUGGCGGUGGUGCAGCCAGAAAAGCAAAGAGCUCCACCCAGAGCCACGCCCCCAGAGACACUGAAGCAGCAGGAGAGCAGCCAAUCAGACAGCGGACAGACCAAUGGGAAGUACUGUUGCCCCAAAAUCUACUUCAACCACCGCUGCUUCUCAGGGCCGUACCUCAACAAGGGCCGCAUCGCCGAGCUGCCACAGUGUGUCGGGCCUGGCAACUGUGUGCUGGUGCUGAAGGAGGUGCUGACGCUCCUGAUCAAUGCGGCCUACAAGCCCAGCCGAGUACUGCGAGAGCUGCAGCUGGAUGAGGAGGCGCGCUGGCAGGGUCAAGGGGAGACCCUCAAAGCAAAGUACAAGGGGAAGAGCUAUCGGGCCACGGUGGAGAUUGUGCGCACGGCGGACCGAGUGGCAGAUUUCUGCAGGAAGACCUGCAUCAGGCUGGAGUGCUGCCCCAACCUGUUUGGGCCACGGAUGGUUCUGGAGCGCUGCUCUGAGAACUGCUCCGUGCUCACGAAGACCAAAUACACUCAUUAUUACGGCAAAAAGAAGAGUAAACGGAUUGGACGGCCACCAGGGGGCCAUACCAACCUUGAGGGUGGGGUUAAGAGGGCAGGCAAGAGGAGGAAGAGGAGGAAGCACUUCUUUGUCCACAAAAAGAAGCGAUCGGCCUCACUGGACAACACUCCUGCUGGCUCUCCACAGGGCAGUGGCGAGGAGGAAGACCUCGAUGAAGAAGAUUCUCUGAGUGAGGAUUCGGGCUCAGAGCCUCAGGACGAGCUGCUGGAUGACUCCGAGCACUCAGAGAGGAAGUCUCAGCCCCCCUCGCCCACCCCCACUGAGACGGCCCCCCGACCCCGCCGGCGGCGCCGCAAGGCCCACUCCCCCUCCUGUUCCGACAACGAGAAUCACCCUCCUUCACCAAAGAGCCCGCGGGUGGACGCGCCGGAGAAGCUGCUCCUGGACAGCAGCCCCCUGGAGUGGAGCGUGGCGGACGUGGUGCGCUUCAUCAGAACCACCGACUGCUCCCCGCUGGCACGCAUAUUCCUGGACCAGGAGAUUGACGGUCAGGCCUUGCUGCUGCUCACCCUGCCCACAGUCCAGGAGUGCAUGGGGCUGAAGCUGGGUCCAGCCAUCAAGCUGUGCCACCAUAUCGAGAGGGUCAAGCUGGCGUUUUACCAGCAGUUUGCCAGCUGAGGGUGCCAGACCCGAGAUCUGCGACCCAGAUUCUUCUUCACACCAGAACCAGCACCUGAAGCAGUACAAAGUAAUCUGACUUUGGCAUGGAUUUGGGAAGAACAAAACAGAUUUAUCAAUGCAAUUCUCUCUUGGUCUUAGUCUUUCUUACUGCAACAAUGUGGACUACCUAUUUUUUGUUUGUUUCAUCAGCUUUGGAGCUGAAAUAAUAUUGAAUUCAAGAUACCAAGCACAAAGGAUGAAGGGAAAUGAAGGGGGGAUAAUGUGGUGUUUGAUAUGCAGGGAAUGCAGAGUGUAAUUCUAUGUGUAUUUUUUUCCUUGUACAGUAUGUAUAUUUUGCUUUUAACUGUGUUUUUAACUGUAGUGGAGGGGUAACAGUUUCUACUGCAGCAUGACUUUGGACUAUUGGAUUUGGACUUUUGUUAACCAGUCUGCUCACGAGGACUUGCAGUUUUACAUUUGAGACAUACGGUACCAGAUACUCUAUUGCUACUUCAAAAACCACAGGUUGUCAAUUUACAUAGUUGUCUUCAGUUAUUGUUUUCAUUGAGUCAGCCAU